AUGCCCAUCCCAACGCGUUCGGUUUCGCUGCGCGAUCCCCGUAAACAAACUUCAAAUAUAGCACGACCUACCACGAAACCCUCCGCUCGACUACCCGCCACGGCCAGCCCGAGCAAUGACUCUGUCCGAGAGACGAAUACCACCAACCGCUCGCCAUCAAAUCCCUCGCCGGUCGAGGGUGUGCCUCUGAAAGACAAUGGACUCACUGCUCGAGGAAGAACCCUACUUCCCCAGCGCAGGAACACUGUCCAAGACAAUGGUCGCGGAACAGUAUACGGGCGCAUUCAGCCACCUAGCAGUAAGCCGAAACCACGCGGGGACCCGUCACCAAUUAGACAGCGAGAGAUAUCGCCGCCUAAAAAACAAACACCAGCGGAUUCUACAGCAAUGAAGGCCGGGGUUCCACUCAGCCGUCGCCAAAGCAUCAUGCGACCUGGCGCUUUGAAGUUGCCGUCAGCGAAGAUUACGGUCCCUUCAUCAAAGAGCUCAGCGCCAUCAUUCGCGCCACCCUCUCCCCGCAAAGCGACAGGAAGAAGAUCCCCAGUUCAACCUUCUACGACGAGAAGGCCACCUUCACCCAAGAAAACAGAGAUGCUACCCCCACCACGCCCCACACGAUCCGCCUCUUUGAGGCAACCUAUCAGCGCCAGCAAGAGACCACCUGUGGAAGCCAAAAGCCAUGUGCGGCACAGGAGUCAGUUGGCACAGAAUACAAAACAAGCCGAAAUAACCCCGACAACCAGCCAACGUGCACGAGCACUAUCAACCUACCAACGGCCGUCAUCCCCUAAGAAAUUCUCCAAACCUCCAACACCUACCCCUGGAGUCGAACCUCAGCCUGGGAAUCUGCUGGUUCCUUCAUCAUGGCCGGAUAUUGCAGCAUUACAAACAGAGCUUCUGCAACUCAGUCUUGUCCAUUCCAAUUCACUACAACGUCAUGCUGAAUGGAAGUCUGAUUCCGAGUCGCGUCUGCGCAAAAAGUACGACAGUGUCGCUAGCCAAUAUCGUUUGGUACUGGCCGAUGAAACGCAGCGGCAGUGUCACUUGAAUGUGCAAGCCCUGGGACUUUGGCUUUCCAAUUGUCGCGAACAUCGCGGCUCGCAUGACUUCUCCGAGCAGAUUCAAAUCCUAUCACGGGUUCUACAAGACGUCUCGGAUAUGAUUGCUGGCAGUCGGGGAGCACAGUACUCUCAGGCUGUGAAGAUAUUUGAAGACUGGCUUAACCAAGCGGAGCUUAUUCAACAUAACCGUGGACCGGGAUGUCUGGAUGUUGGCGCCUUUAUUGACCCCCUGGCGCGAAGCUGGAAAGAAUCAUUGCAAAAUUUAUAUGUGAGACUGGAACUCUGUGCACGCGAAUUGCAAGCUCUUGAUAUUCUGGGCUUCGGACAAGUGGAGCGACUAGAACAGUCUGCUCUUGCCAGAGUAGCUAAGAACCUGGCUGAAUUGAUACAGCUUAUGACGCAGGAGACUCGUGCCAUGCAAACAUUGGAGGCAGAAGUGGUGCGCUCAGAAAGAGAUGCUGUCAGCCUUAUUGCGAUGCGGUUCGCAAGCUCUAUAAGGGAAUCGAGGGCUCCUCGAGUUGGUGCCUGGAGAAGCUAG